GUGGCCGCUUCAAAAUGGAUUCUGCAAGAGCAGUCGAUUUGAGGCCAGAAAGAAGCCUUUUAGACCCAAAGUUUGAGGGAUACAAAUUAGAUUUAGAUCCCUUACCCACGUAUAAACUUUCUCUUCCCAAAGGGCCAGAUCACGUGAAGCUAAGAGAUGACCAGUAUUCUUUCCAGCAUGUCAAGGCAUUUGGGUCUACCAAUCACCUCCUGCUGGACCCGUGGAAUCAGAACACAGUCUAUUAUGUCUGCCAUGACUGGAACAUCAUGAAGACCACUGUUGAAAUGGAUAGUAAUCUCGAGAAGCCCACCAGUGUGUUCCAGAUCCCUAACGCCACUGAACUCAAGCUUACACCCCAUCAAAAUGUCACUGUGGAGUUCCCUGCUGAAGAGUGGGUUGUCAUCUGUGACGGAACUGGCAGGAUAUCAUUGAUUAAGACAGGCAAGAGAGAUGGUAGCAGUGAAUGGAAGCUGUGCUAUUCAGGCAAACCCCUCGAAUCUGAGAUGGAGGCGAUACUCCUCGAUGCCACAUUAUACCAAGUGAAAGAGGCGUAUCAGUGUGAUUUAAUUCUGCUGCAUGUCAGGGAGAAGGCCAAGGAGGAUGAUAGCAAGGCGUCCCACUUUGAAACGGUAUUAGACUGGAUUACUCUUUCCUCAGCCAAUGCAUCAGACUGGUCUGUCGAGUGUACCCGGCAGUUAACUGGCCCAAGUGUUCCCGACCUUGUCACUCUCCAACCGCAAGGCAAGGGUGUCAGUAUAUCAAGUGCUAAACCCUUUGUGCUGAAGAGUGACUCGUUGAAACCUGUUGUUGAAGAAGAAGUAAAAGAUGAAGAAGAUGUAAAGGAGCCGGCCUACACCUGGUACCAGAGUCUAGAGGACCUGAAUAUUGACUUUACACUCCCUGAAGGGGUUGGCAAAACUGACAUCGUAUAUGAGUUGAAAGCAGACUAUAUGAGGCUGUCCCUCCUCGGAGGCGAUAAUCUACUGAGUGGGAAGUUACAUGCUGUCAUUGACAGGAGUUCCAGUACUUGGACUAUAGAGGGGAGGAGACUCGAGGUUUACCUGGCUAAGCAGACGGAGGAGAUGUGGCCGUCUGUCGUGGUUGGUGACGAUCGGGGCGAGUAUGUCGUUGAGCCGGAAGAAGCUGCAAGAAUUCACGAAAGAUUAGCUCAUCUUACAUCAGAUUCUGUGAACUCGCGUCCACUUGGGGCUGUCGGGGAGCCUGGAUUGAACACAGAGGGUUUAGAGGAGUGUGACGCCUUCCCAGAUGAUAGCUCUGUCAUGAUUUACAUGGAUGCAGAGAUGAACAAGAUUACCCAUAAGACAUUCCUUGGUAUCCACCAGUGGCUCUUCAACAUACACCGGACGCCUGGUUCACCCAAGGCAAUCUGUCUACGGCACGAUGUUGACGGGUUGCUAUGGCAACCCAAAAUCGAUGUCACCGAAAACGAAAACCCCUGGGAACAUUUGGCGACAUUCAAUGCAUUAGGUUUUGUAACUGCCUCGAAAAUGGAGAAAAAGUUUGCAUCUUGUGCACCAAACGGCUCCUAUGCCAUCAUUUGUGACUUUUUCCGCCAUUUUUAUAUCUAUCGACAUACUGUGCCAAUCUCGUCGCCAUUACGGAACAGGAAGACUGGGGAGCAGGUGAAUGCUGUUGCUAAGCAACAGGUGGUUAGUUUGGACUGUAUGGAUGCCAUUGUAGGCAUGCAGGCGACUAAUGACCGUGUGUUCGUCUUGACGGACAAGACCUUGUUUGUGGUGAAGGUGAAUGUGCAGGAAAUCCUGUGAUCUGCUAAAAGAAGGAGAGAUAAAUAUACAUGUAUAUAUAUAUACAUUGUCGAUCAUCCCAAAAUUGUAUAGGCGUCUUAUUCUGUAUCAACCCAACAAUUAAA